UUCUGUCCCGAUCCCUUUCUCCCGAGAGCCUCCUCCCGAUCCCCUUCUGCUGCGCUCCCACCCAGCCCCGAUCCCUUUCUGCUGUGCCGGCCGGGCGGCCAGCCCUCUUCCUCCUCCUCCCACGCUCGCCAGCAUCCUUCUCCUUCCCCAUUCUGCGGCGAGGCGGCCGCUCCGAUCAGACAUCUGCCCCUGCCUCGACCCCAUACGGCCGCCUCCGCCGCCGCAUCCAGAUCGGAACGCGAGCUGGCUGUCCGGCGACCUCCUCCUCCUCCCCCGUUCUCCGGCGGACUCCUCUUCCCCGUUCUCCGAUGAGCGCAGAUCCCUCGAGCUCGUCGUAGUCCCGUACGAGAUCCCGACCAGUGCGUACGGUUUUGCAGUGCCGAGCGAGGAAGGCCCAGUCCUUAGCAGGCCGGCCCACGAGAAUUCGGCCCAGCCGAACUCGGGAGCAGCACCGAACGUUCUGUGCUUCGAUACGGACGCAGGAGUCGCUGCAGGAAGCUGGAUCGGAGGAGUUUCGAGAGCCAGACGGUUACCGAACACGCCCUCUCCGACCCCAAAUUCCCCAAUCCCGACUCAAGAUAGAAAUCGAAGCUUCCAUCGAAACGGGAAACCCCCCUCGCCAAGUCACCCGGAUCGUAUCGUCGUCGAAUUCUUCUCAAUUAUCUCUGCGACACGAGCGAUUUCGGUGCGGAAAUUCGGAGGGGGAAUUGCGCUCGCGGAUAGAGGCGAUCGAGGGGAUCAACCAUGAGCGAGGUAUUCGAGAGCUACGAGCGCCAGUACUGCGAGGUCUCAGCCUCCCUCUCUCGCAAGUGCACCGCCGCCUCCGCUCUCGAUGGAGAGAAGAAGAAGCAAAGGCUCUCCGAGAUCCAGUCCGGUGUGGAGGAAGCAGAAUCCCUGAUUCGGAAGAUGGACCUGGAGGCGAGGAGCCUGCAACCGAGCGUGAAGGCGGGUUUGCUAGCGAAGUUGCGGGAGUACAAAUCUGACCUCAACAACCUCAAGAGCGAGCUCAAAAGGAUCUCAGCGCCCAACGCCAGGCAGGCUACAAGGGAGGAGCUCCUCGAAUCUGGAAUGGCUGACACACUAGCUGUGUCUACUGAUCAGAGGGGAAGGUUGAUGAUGACAACUGAACGACUGAAUCAGUCCACUGACAGAAUUAAAGAGAGUCGGAUAACUAUGCUCGAAACAGAAGAAUGUGGUGUGUCAAUUCUUCAGGACCUUCAUCAACAACGUCAGUCACUACUCCAUGCUCACACUACUUUGCACGGGGUGGAUGAUAACGUUGGCAAGAGUAAAAAGAUUCUGGCUGCAAUGUCAAAGAGGAUGGACAGAAACAAGUGGAUCAUUGGGGGAAUCAUUGCAGCUCUUGUUCUGGCCAUCCUUAUCAUACUGUACUUUAAGCUCGCUCACUGAGCCUACUUUCAGGUAGGUCUCCAGUUAUCUGUGAGGUGCUCAGUAACUGUGUGAUAAGGUUGUCUGAACGCUGUACAUUGGACGCCACCUCAAGUUCAGUUGUUUCCCCCAAACAUCAAAUAUUUGAAUGGCUCAUUUCCAUAUCAUGUAUAGGAGCACUUUUAUCAGAAAACCAGGUGUGCACGGACGCUAAUGAUGUAAACUGUCCACGUGUCCGGAGAGAGUAAAAAAGAUGACUCGUGUUGAUUUCUCUUUCUGAAGAGUGAAGAUGUCUCUGGGGUACUUUCUUUGACACAAUUUGGUUCUGCAUGCUUUUGUGUUACCAUAGAGUUUGUAUCCCAGAUUCUGAAUUCUGAACUGUUGUCAUUGUCUGCCACCCAUUUAUUGCGAUUAGCCAA